GCUUUUGCCCCCUUCCUCGAAACCCUACUAUAAAAUUUCUAGGGCUCUAAAACACUCCCUUCUCUGAUACAUCAGCAGCAGACAGCAGCAAAGACUCUUUCUCCGCCGAAGGUGAAGAAUCGGAGCAGAGAAGAAAAAAUGGACGCAGGUGUAGUGGCUGCCCCAGUAGAUGCAAGCGCAGAGAAUAAGGUUCACAGUGAUGUUAUGCUUUUCAAUCGCUGGACCUACGACGAUGUCCAGAUCAAUGACAUCUCUGUUGAGGAUUACAUCACAGCAACUGCUUCCAAGCAUCCAGUUUACAUGCCGCACACAGCUGGCAGAUACCAGGCUAAGCGUUUCAGGAAGGCCCAGUGCCCAAUUGUUGAGAGGCUCACCAACUCUCUGAUGAUGCAUGGACGGAACAACGGAAAGAAGCUAAUGGCUGUCCGUAUCAUCAAGCAUGCAAUGGAGAUCAUUCAUUUGUUGACUGACCAGAACCCAAUUCAAGUCAUUGUUGAUGCCGUCAUUAACAGUGGGCCAAGGGAAGAUGCAACUCGUAUUGGUUCAGCUGGUGUUGUGAGGCGUCAGGCUGUUGAUAUUUCUCCACUUCGCCGUGUUAACCAGGCGAUUUAUUUGCUGACAACUGGUGCACGCGAGAGUGCUUUCAGGAACAUCAAGACCAUAGCUGAGUGCCUUGCAGAUGAACUCAUAAAUGCUGCCAAGGGUUCUUCAAACAGCUAUGCCAUUAAAAAGAAAGAUGAGAUUGAGAGGGUUGCCAAGGCCAACCGUUGAAGAGGUCGAUAUUGGAGAACUAUUUACAAGACAGUUUUGGGUUAUGUUGUUUUCUCAUUUCUUUUGUCAUGUAGUAUUUUAGCCUGUCAUGGAAAUGAAAGGAUCCAAUUAUCAGCAUCUGCUAUUCCUUGUUGAGUUAAUUUCUUGGAUUAUUUUACGUGUUUAAACUUGAUAUGCUUGGAAUUGGUAUAGGUGUUAAAAUUUGAA